ACUUUCAUUUUUAGCACUUUCAUCUUGAGAUACCCACAUUUUCAUAAUUUCAUCCUCACUUGACCAUCAGAACUCCGUACGCUUGCUGAAUCCUGCCAUGUACUCUGACUCUGAAAGUCCUUCCCAACAAGAUCAAGGCAUUCCACAGCUCAUUCAACAGUAUAGUCGUCUAGACAUUAGUGGAACGGAACCGCAGCAACAACAGUCGACAACGUCACAAGAUGAGCUACCAAAUCUCAUAGAGCAGUGUCAAAACCUCCACAUAUCUGAUUCACCCGCUAUGGGAAACCAUAUCCUCCUCCCCACCGUCCGAACCAAAAACGUCAGUUGUCUUCAUCCACUCGUUCACGUCGUCACCCGAAGGCAUGAAACGUGACACGACUCGACCUACUCCCAUGCGCCGAGGUACAGCUUACGAAAUUAUAUUCAUCGACCAGAAGAAGGUCAAAGGAAGGGGGAAGGCUCGGUCAAGAAGUGUGGACUCCCAAGAGAGAGCACUUAUCAGACCGCUAUCGCCGCAUCCUGAUGCAGUCCGCUUACGUUCAUGGGUCGUUAUGCCAUCACCUUCCUUAGAAAGUCGCGGUCCUGUCCCAAUCUUUCAUUUGAGGAGGCAUAGGGGCCGGCAUUGUCCUUAUGGGCUGAGACCUCCCACAGAGCGCCGUGGGAGGAGUGCCGAGGUUGAGAAUGACAGUCUGGCGCUGAUUCCUUCUUCCUCAGCGCUUCCUGAAAGGGGUCGAGGAAGAUGGCCUGGACCCAGACUAACUGUUCCCGAGCGUCUCUAUGUACGAUCCAUCCAUGCGAAUUGUCCGAAAGUUUGGGAAUCAGGUGUGGAACCUUCGAUACAAGAAGAGGAUCAAUCUUCGAAGGACGCAGCAGAAAUGGAUGGGUUUGGAAGGGAUUUGAGCGUACUGUUAGAAAGAGCUAUGACUUUGGACGAAGGACCUCCAGCCACAGUCCAGGCAAUGCCCUAUAUUACGUAGAGCGGCUGAAGGCGACCUGGGUGCCGAACGGUGGUGCUUUUAAGCAUGUUGUGUAUUUUUUUUGUGUCUGUAGGAUCUGUAUCUACUCGCAAUUAUGCAUUUAUGCGCCCGCUGGGCGUUUACAAAAAUAUGAUUCCCACAUAACAGUUAUGGAGCCUCCGUGAGAGGAAGAGUGAUAGAUUUGCUUGCGUGUAGGAUUCUGUAGCACUCCAAUAGAUAUACGUC